ACGAAGGCAGAGUGGCCGGUGGUAGGUGGCACCGCUGAUCCUCGGUUCGCAUCGCAGAGCUCAUUCCCGCACACAUGGCAUCCAACGCGUCCAGCCCAGUGUGCACGACGCUAUCGACGUGCCUGGCCUACGGCAAAGUCUCGUGCGACCGCGGCACGCAGGAGUGCCCGCCGUGCAUUUACAUCGACGCCAAGGGACGCCACCUGUGCUAUGCGCGCAUCACGGGCACGGCGCUGUGCCCGUUUGUGAACACGACGGCAGACUGCAGCGCGUCCAACGACACGGCGCCGGUGCCGAUCCUGGUCAACAAGACGACGACUCCAGGCUGGACAACCACGAUCGCACCGAAUGCAACGAUCGAUGACGCAUCGUCCGACCACCUCACCCCGCUCGACACUGGUCUCAUCGUGGCGGUGGUCGUCCUCGCCCUCGCCCUCGGCAUCACGAUCGUGGUGUUCAUCUCGAAGCAUCGGUAUCGACCUGGCGUGCCGUACGUCCCCAAGGGGAACCAGUUUCGUGGCCGCGACGUUGUGCACGUCAACCAUCCAGCGCUCCAGAGCAACCAGCACAACUUUCGAUCGCAGCCAGGGUCGACGCACGACUGCUUAAUGUCGCUCAACCCGAUGCACACCCCCGUGUUGGGCGAGCCCACGACGCUGUCCGCAUGCUAUUCGCACGAGUCACCCGUGUGGCGGAUGAGCACGUCAUCCAACAUCAUGACCUAACUUAACAAAUUCCACAACGUACUAAAAUACAUCCGACGACCGAACGACCGAGUCAUCUCUCGGCGGCUCCAUGAUGUGGCAAAACGACUCGGAUCGCCCGGACUCGAGGCUGCUCUGUGUGUCCAAAUACGCUUCCGACAUGGCAACCAGCGUCUUGGUCAUGGCUGCCGCCGUCACGUGGUCGGGCAUGUGGUGAUGGCUGAAUGACGAUGGCCUGAUACAGGGUGGCGACGAACAAACCGUCUUGACAAAUUGCAUUGGAGUCGACGGGCGCCGCGGCGGAUUUUGUGCGUGGGUCGAGCGGAUGUGCAGGAUCCCAGCAACCGCGAUCGCUGCAGUGAGCACGAGCACAGUCACGAAGAACCCAAUGCUGAGACUAUUCCACGACGACGACGAUGGCGACGACGAGGUAUCGAGGGAGACGGUCGAGUCUGGCGACUGUUGGGACGGCAGGGAGUGGUUCGUGGCGCUCGAAAAGGUUUUAUUUCGGAGCGGCGGAAGAGUCCGCGCCGUUCCACCGCUGCAGUCGGCGGUGGUGUUGACAAACGGGCACAAGGCAGUACCAGCAACUUUAUCAAAACACAGCGUCUGGCCCUUCGCGUCGACGUACAUGCAUGGCGGACAUUCCUGCGUGCUGACGUCGCACACCAUCCUUCCAUACGCCAAACAUGCCUUCAAUGAAGUGCAGAGCGGCGGAGUGGAGACAUCUGCAGUGGACGCCGCGUGCGCGACAAGCGCCACGGCUGCGGCGAUCACCAAGGACGCGACAAAUCGGAUCAUGGUUACACCAAGAUCGAGUGUGGCGGGGACGAGAUUACGGCGAAUGGAGCUGUUGGUGUCGGCUUGAUGGGUGGGGAGAGAUGCG